CAUAAUUUCCUCUAAUUUUAAUUACUACUAUCUCUCUAUAAUUUUACAAACGAACAACUGAAAAAAAAUAAGGAAAAACCCAAGUUAAGGCGGAUUUUUAAGUAUGAGAUCUGCUAUGAAACGCCCAAUCUGUUUGUCUGAGUUUGAAGUUCAUCUCUGAUAAUAAAAAUAAUAAAAGAAAAAACAAGUGAAGUUCCCAUUUUUUGUUUGUUUGUUUUGGUGAAGAUAUCGGGUUAGGUGUAAGGGUAACCGUAACAGGCGAUUUAUUACUUUACAGUCAAUGUUACUCCUUCCGUUUUAGCUCUGCUCUUACCUUUGGUGGAUCUUUUUUAUUUCCUUUUCAGUUUUCGGAAUGUAAUUUCUUUUUAUUAAAUGCUUAUCAUUGCAGUUCACUGAAUUGUGAAUUUAUUUCUUCUUUUAUUUUUCUGUUACUUAAGUUUUGAUUUUUCAGUUUGAAUCAGAGAAAGAAAAAUGGGAGAAGAAGAAGAUUCAUACAGGGAUACUAGAAGCUGGGAAGAAGAAAUUUAUUGGACCCAUUUUCAGUGUCUCCAUUUCUCUCAGUUUCUUCAUCCUGGUUUUCAUAAACGCCUUGCAAUCCCGGAACAAUUUACAAAAAAUUUGAGAAAGAAAUUACCUAAUAUCAUUACUCUUAAAGGUCCUAGCGCUAAAAUGUGGGAAGUUGAACUCACGACGGAUGAUGAUAUCGUUUUCUUCACUCAUGGUUGGGAUGCAUUUGUGAAUGACCAUAGUCUACGAGAAAAUGAUCUUUUGAUCUUCAAGUACAAUGGCGAUUCAUGUUUUGAUGUUCUAAUGUUCGAUGGUCACAGCAUGUGUGAGAAGGCAGCUUCGUAUUUUGUUAGAAGAUGUGAGAAUAGGGAACAGGGCAGCCAAAUUAAGAGGAAGAUUGGAGAAAUUUCAAUGGAAGCUACUCUUCCUUCUCCUAAUACUCCUGUUCAGGCCCCUACUCCUGAUAAAUCUGCAAAUAAUGACAUUGGCACAUCGCCAUUAAGGAAACCUGUCAUGGCCUCUCCAGUGACCACUAAAAGGGCUUGGAGUAAAGUUGAGUGUGUUCAAAAUACUCAUGAAGAACAAUCUACUUCUUUUGAAGAAGUGGAGACAAAACCGGAUACUGAGUUUGUCAGUCCGAUGGUGGUACACGACGUUCCGUUUAUAUCAAGUAGAAGGCUAAUAUCAGAUGAAGAGAAAGAGAAUGUAGUGAAAUUGGCAUUAACUGCAUUAACAAGUGAGGGCUUCAUGGUAAUUAUGAAACCCACUCAUGUUUACAGGAGAUUUUACAUGUCAAUUCCAUCAGGAUGGGCAUCUAAACACCUCAACUCUUUGGAAAAACAAGACGUGAUCCUACGCAGGAAGGAUAACCAAUGGGCCACCAAAUUCUAUUACCAGAAGUCGAAAAACAGUGGAGGUCUUUCUGGCGGGUGGAAGAAUUUUGCCAUGGCAAAUGACUUGCAGGAAUUUGAUGUGUGUAUUUUUGAACCAGGUGGCAAGACGCAUGAUACUGUCAUAUUGGAUGUCAACAUCUUCCGUGUUUACCAGGAUGACCAGUGACCCUGGCAUCUCGAGCUUGUCAAAGAACUUCGGAAGAUGACUGUUUCUAGGGUAUCUGAUGGUGAGGGUAAAUCUAUGGAUCAAAUUUUAGCUUUGGGUCUGACUUAAAAUAUUUCUGGCGUUGCCUGUUUCAUAGUAUGGUCCUUGUCUAUGGAUAUAUGAUCUCAGUCAUGUUUAUGUCUGAGACUUAUCUAACUGAUUACUAGCAACUAGGCGCUUGGUUAAACUGUAAUUUUGUUCUGAAUUACUGAUGUGUAUGGUUCUCCCUCUUUUCCAUUUGGACCUCUGAUAUAUGUCGUUCUGAGUUA